AACAGAGAAAGAAAGAAAGGGGAAGAUUUUUCGAAGGACUAUAAGCCAAGUGAGAGUGAGGGAGAGAGAGGGAGAGAGAGGAUCAGGUGCGGGUGCGGCGGCGAUGGAUCCAGACGCGGUGGCGAAGGCAUUCGUGGAGCACUACUAUUCGACCUUUGAUGCGAAUCGAUCUGGACUAGCGAACCUCUACCAUGAAUCAUCGAUGCUGACUUUCGAAGGUCAGAAGAUCCAAGGGUCCCAAGGCAUCGUAGCCAAGCUCACCAGCCUUCCCUUUCAGCAGUGCCAGCACAGCAUCACCACCGUCGAUUGCCAGCCCUCUGGCCCUGCCGGCGGCAUGCUCGUCUUCGUCAGCGGCAACCUCCAACUCGUCGGCGAACAGCACGCUCUCAAGUUCAGCCAGAUGUUCCAUCUGAUGCCAACGCCACAAGGUAGUUUCUACGUGUUGAAUGACAUUUUCCGAUUGAACUAUGCAUGAAGACAGUGGAUGGUUUAGUUACAAACAGUGGAGAAUCCAUGAUAUGCUAAAUGCCCUCAAACAAAUUCGCUUCAUAUUGUUUAUUUUCGGACUUUUUUAUUUUAUUUUAUAUUUUCAAAUGAAAAACUGGGGAUCCUCUCUCAUUGUGGUUGGUUAUGUUCUGUAAUUUGUCGUGUCUUUUAUUAUUCUAUCCUCCAUACUUCAGAGAUUGCUUUGUUUAAUAGGAUGAAUUGAUGGAAGAGUUUUUUUUUUCCCCUUGAUUUUUUGUUCAUGAUUGGAUUGAUGCUUGAACAUUAUGUUCAUUACUUGUAUUUAAAGAAAUGCAUGGGGAAAUGUACAAAGUGUGAGCACCCCUCUA